UUAUUGACCACAGUAGAGCAGAGGAUAACACACAGGUGAGUGAACUGGUUGAAGAUACUGUUGAACGGGUAAUAUGAGGAAUAGUUACUGUCCUUUCUUGUUGCAGGUAGAGACACAUUGGAGCUUGGAGAUUAGGGAUGCACGAUAAUAUCGGCACAACAUCGGUAUCGGCCGAUAAAAGCUUAAAAUGACCAUCAUCGGCAUCGGCCGAUAUGAAUAUUUCUGCCGAUGAGCCAAACCGAUAGGGGGGCGUGUUUCAUGUGCGCGCGCGACGACCAUGAACGUAGCCUGAGCGCCAAAAACUUAAACUUACAACAUGUCAGCUGUGUGGAGGCAUUUCGAGAUCUGUCAAACAGAUAACAAAGUUGCUAUUUGCAAUAUUUGUAAAGCAUAAGUGAUGCGAGGAGGCGUAAAACAACAGUCUUUCAACACUACAAAUAUGAUUACACAUCUUAAGAGCCGUCAUCCUGAGCAGCACCAAGACUUUUUAAAAAGUAAGAAGGAAAAAAUGCCGGCAAAAACCCAUCAGCAGCCUCUACUUCAGUCCUUUGACAAAGCUAGAAAAUACAACAGCGACCACCCAAAGGUAAAAGAUCUUAACGACAAAAUAAUUGAAUUUAUUGCUCUUGAUAACCAGCCGUUUAGCGUGGUGGAAGAUGUUGGCUUCAGGAGGCUAAUGAUGCACCUAGAGCCGCGGUAUGCUAUGCCUAGCCGGCGCUAUUUUUCUGACGUGGCCUUACCUGAACUCCAGAGUGUUGUCGCCAGUCAAAUUGAAAAGCUCCUUGCCGGCGCGUGUCACAUUAGCUUCACCACGGACAUUUGGACAUCAAGCGUGAGUCCUGUAAGCAUGUUGAGCCUCACUGCCCAGUGGAUAGAUGAAGAUUUCACCCUUAAAAAAGCUGUCCUACACUCACAGGAAUGCUCCGGUUCUCACACAGCAGCUGCAAUUGCGUCCGCAUUUGAAAGUAUGUUUGGGAAAUGGAAAAUAGAAAGAGAACGAGUGCAUGUCGUGCUACGUGACAAUGCCCGUAACAUGGCUAAAGCUAUGAUGGAGUUUGGUGUGACAAGUCUACCGUGCAUGGCACACUCACUGCAACUGGCGGUGAAUGACGGUGUCCUGUCUCAGCGCAGCGUGGCGGAUGUUGUGGCCGUGGGAAGGAGAAUAAUUGGACAUUUCAAACACUCCCAGCUGGCAUACAGUCGACUGGCGGAUGUACAGAAAGAGCUCGGAAUGUCGGUAAAACGACUUCAACAAGAUAUCGCUACCAGAUGGAAUUCGACAUUUUAUAUGAUGCGAAGCUUGGUCGAGCAGAAAAGGGCACUAGGUGCUUAUGCCGCUGAUUUCGAGCUUCCUGCAACUUUGACGGCAAAUCAGUGGGGAAUUAUAGAAAAUAUGAUCACACUUCUCGCCCCCUUUGAGCAGCUGACCAGAGAUAUAAGUUCUGCAGAGGCUUCUGCUGCUGAUGUGAUCCCCGCGGUUGUGGCACUGACACGACUGCUUGGCCGGCCGAGUGACACGGACAGAGGAGUGCAGACUACCAAAACUACCCUGCUGGAAGCCGUCAAUCAUCGCUUCAACGGUGUGCAUUGUGAGGCACUUUAUUCUGUUGCAACCAUGCUUGAUGCCCGCUACAAAGACCGGUACUUUGACGAGGAAAAAAAGAGGAGUGCUCGCGACCUGUUGCUCAAAGUUUUGGAUGACAUGAGCGGCAGUGCAGAUGCCAGCACAGAGGAUCCCCCAGAGAAGAGGACCCGAACAGGAUCACUGCUGGAUAUGUAUGACGAAAUUCUGGAGGAGAAUGUCAUGUUUGAGGAGCAAGACAAGACCGCGUCAGCGUCACAGGUCAUCUCAUACCUGGCCGAACCCACAAUUCCCAGGAACCACAGUCCAUUGGAGUACUGGAAGUGCAACCAGGCCCGUUUCCCUGCCCUCGCUCUUGCUGCACGCAAGUACCUGUGUGCGCCUUGCACAAGCGUUGACAGUGAACGGCUUUUUAGCGUUGCCUCUGAUGUGAUGGAUGAAAAGAGAAAUCGAAUGGACGGUGAAAAGGCAGAGAUGCUCAUUUUUCUUAAGAAAAACCUACCUCUGGUAUUAAAAAAAUAGCUGAACAGAAGCCUACCGGUCAGCCGAAGUUGUCACCCUAGUUAGUUGGACUGAAAAGGUUUGCACCACUCAAGUUCAAGUAAAGGAUAAGAUGUCCUUGUAUUUUUAUUUUAUUUUUUGUGGCUCACAAGAUAAUAUGUGGAGCUUGGUUUUAAGUUUGAUUAUACUUUAAAGUGGGUCCUCAGGACUGAAGUGGAGGUCUGGACUACAGCUGCUUGUUUUGUGCACUUGAAGUGUUUUCUGUAAGUUUCAGUACAAUGUCAUGUUAACCACUAUGUUGGGGGAGCAUUUGGUAGACCUGUUCCAGUAGGAAAAGAUGUAAAAAAAUAUUUGAAAAUUUAUUUGUAUUUAUUUUACUUUUAAGGGCUGAAGUUUCAAAGUCUAAACUUAAAAAUAAAAUGUUGCACUGGCAUAUCAUUUAUUCUCCAAGUGAAAUAAUUGACCUGUUUUUCAGGUGUGAAUGUCUGUCUACAUUUGUAAAAUAAUACAUUUAUGGUAGAAUCAGUACAGAAGAGAUACAUGGAUUUCUCUUCAGUAAAAUUAAAGUUUAAAUAUAUCAGGCGAAAAAUUUGUAUAUAUAUCGGUAUCGGCAUCGGCCAAAAUUAUUUUGAAAAUAUCGGCAUAUCGAAUAUCGGCCAAAAUCCAAUAUCGUGCAUCCCUAUUGGAGAUCGUUGGAGAACUUUGGAGCUGACGGAA